AUAAACACGUAAAGUUGGGCUUGGAGAAUUUGCGAUAAUGGCGACGUUGGCUCCGUACUGGAAAGGGGCACAGUCAAGCUAGCCUCGGCUCGGACAUGACUUACGUUUAUUCGCCGCGGUUUCGUUUUCUGCUCGUCAACUGCACGGGUUUCGGAUGAUUCUGUGGCAUUGAAGCGUCUCCUCGCUCGUUUGACUGAUUUCCAUGUCUUAAUUGUGAACUUCUGAACAGGAUCAUUUGGACUACUCAUUCUCCAUCACUGAUUGUUUGUGGCUCCUCCAGGUCAGGCUUCCUCCCAGUUGGGUGACCCGCACCAUGGAGGAGGAGGGGCAGAAGAGCUCGGAGUGUAUCCAGGCCAGUCAAAUUUUCCCAAAGAAAUCCCCUGUCCUGGAGGAAGAAAACAUGCAGGUGCCCUUUCCUGAGCUGCAUGGGGAGUUCACGGAGUAUGUGGGGAGGGCAGAGGAUGCCAUCAUUGCAAUGUCCAACUACCGUCUACACAUCAAGUUCAAACAGUCUGUUGUCAACGUGCCUCUGCAGCUCAUUGAGUGUGUGGAGUGUCGUGAUAUGUUCCAGCUGCAUGUCACCUGUAAGGACUGUAAAGUUGUUAGGUGUCAGUUCUCCACUUUCGAGCAAUGUCAGGAAUGGCUGAAGCGUCUCAAUGCAGUAGUGCGCCCCCCCUCUCGCUUGGAGGAUCUCUUCUCAUUCGCCUUUCACGCCUGGUGCAUGGAUGUGUACGCCGGAGAGAAGGAGCAGCACGGAGAGCUUUGCAGACCAGGUGAACAUGUGACCUCCUGGUUCAAGAAUGAGGUGGAGAGGAUGGGCUUUGACACUCAAAAUGCCUGGAGGAUAUCUGACAUCAACAGCAAAUUUAGGCUUUGCCCCAGCUAUCCCCAGCAGCUUCUUGUACCGGCCUGGAUCACUGACAAGGAACUGGAAAAUGUGGCAGCAUUCCGUUCCUGGAAGAGGUUUCCUGCAGUGGUAUAUAGGCACCUGAGCACAGGAGCUGUGAUCGCCCGUUGCGGCCAGCCAGAGGUCAGCUGGUGGGGCUGGCGAAAUGCAGAUGAUGAGCACUUAGUUCAGUCCAUUGCCAAGGCCUGUGCAGUGGACAGCAGUUCUCACAAACACCUCCCCAAUGGAACCUACGUCAACGGCUCCGAAUUGCCUGAUACUGACUUUGAGUCCUCAAUGACCAACAGCUCAGAAGUGGAGACAAUGGCCAUCCAGCCACACAAAUUGCUGAUUCUAGAUGCCAGGUCCUACGCAGCCGCUGUUGCCAACAGGGCAAAGGGAGGAGGCUGUGAAUGUCCUGAAUACUAUCCCAACUGUGAGGUGGUGUUCAUGGGCAUGGCCAACAUCCACUCCAUACGCAAGAGUUUCCAGUCGCUACGUUUCCUCUGCACACAGAUGCCGGAUCCAACAAACUGGCUAUCUGCACUGGAGAGCACAAAGUGGUUGCAACACCUGUCCCUGCUGCUAAAGGCAGCCCUGCUGGUGGUCAAUGCAGUGGACAGGGACCAAAGGCCUGUUCUGGUGCAUUGCUCUGACGGCUGGGACCGGACACCUCAAAUUGUUGCACUGUCCAAGCUGCUGCUUGACCCGUACUACCGCACCAUAGAGGGCUUCCAAGUUUUGGUUGAGAUGGACUGGUUGGACUUCGGCCACAAGUUUGCUGACCGAUGUGGCCAUGGUGAAAACUCAGAGGAUGUUAAUGAGCGCUGUCCUGUCUUCCUGCAAUGGCUGGACUGUGUUCACCAGCUGCAGAGGCAAUUUCCAUGCUCCUUUGAGUUUAACGAGGCCUUCUUGGUGAAGCUGGUGCAACAUGCAUACUCCUGUCUCUUCGGCACUUUCCUGGGUAACAGCGGCAAAGAGAGGGAAGACCGACAUGUUCAAGAGAGGACAUGCUCAGUGUGGUCCCUGCUGAGACCUGCCAACCGCACACUAAGGAACAUGCUGUACUCCUCACACUCUGAGACUGUUCUCCACCCAGUGUGUCAUGUGCGCAAUCUGAUGCUAUGGACCGCAGUCUACCUGCCCAGCUCCUCCCCUACCACCCCUUCUGAAGAUUCCUGUGCGCCAUAUCCUUUGCCUGGCAGCAACUCCGAGGAGGCACCUCUGGGCAGAUGUACGAAGACACGCUCCUUCGAUAAUUUGCCAAGUGCUUGUGAGCUGGGAAGUUCACUGGCUCCUAACCGCCGCUCCAGCGACCCAAGCCUCAAUGAGAAGUGGCAGGACCACCGGCGCUCUCUGGACCUCAACAUGGCAGUCGGGCCAGAUGAAGGUGGAGACCAGGAUCAUGAUGUGCAGUGUAAUGGAUUAGGCCUUUACGCAAACAGAAUAGACUCUGAGCUGGAUGCCAGCCCGGAUCCCCAGCAGUCAUACUCUGAGUUGGCUGAGGCAGCCUUCAUGCACUCUGCAACAACUCAAGAGGAAGCUGAGGAGGCGGAACUGUCUGUGGCGGUAGGUGUGGCCGCGGGCCAGAUGGAGAACAUUCUUCAAGAAGCUACUAAGGAGGACAUGGAAGCAGAUGCUCAGAGAGUUGGAAGUGCUGCUGUCACCCACGUCAUUAACGCAGCUGUUGUGGAGGAGGAGACGGGCUCAAGAACUGAUGCUCUUGAUCAUGAUAAUGAUGUUGAUGGUGAUCACUCUGUCAACAAGAAUGAGAUACAUGAAGUGCUGGCUAAUGGUCACUAUUUGGAAAAUGGUUGUGCAGAGGCUGAAGAGAAUCCUGAUUCUUCUGCUCUUCCUGCACCGACAGCAGAAGAGGUGCAGCACCUGAGAGAUGAAGAGGCCCAAACACUCGAACAUCUGACGACAAAGCAGGCUCUGGAGAAUUGUUCUGUACAGCUGGAACAUGCUCAUGAAUACCUUGACUCAAGUUCAGGCGAGCCAAAGCCACCUGCAGCUCAAAGAACUCUGAUGAACGGCUUUGCUCACCAGGCACCUGAGGAAACUGAAGGCGAUGAGGAAAAUUGCCCUCCUUGUGACCCUGACAGAGGUUUGUCAGAGUUAGGGGAACAGGCAGAGAAGAGGGCCUCACUGAUGGAAAGCUCCACAGAGACUUUAACAGAGGAGGUCUGCGGCAGGUUUGAACUCCCCGCACAGCCUCCUGUCUGUCAGAGCCGUCAGGCCUGCAGCAAUGGCAAGGGCCCCCCGCCUCCCUCCAGGAAGGACAAAGUGCUGGAGACCGACGAACACAGCUUUAUCAGAACUUUGAACGGGGGCAGCAAGCGACCCUCUGUCAGUGCCUUUCAGUAUGCAAGUGCUGACCUCACACGCGACGGACUUUGUAACAGUGACAGUUCUGACGGGGAACCUUGCGGAGGACCUCACUGGGUCAAAGCUAAUGGCGAGCGGACCCUGCUGAGCCGUCAGGUGUCCUUGGCAAGUUGCAACUCCCUAAUUCUUCACCACAGAGGCAGCUGCUCGCAACAACGUUGGUGCCACGCCCAACUGGGCCGGCCCGCUCUCAGCCCAGAGCAGCCGUCGCGCAGCCACCUGGAUGACGACGGGCUGAUGCUGCACACAGAUGUCAUCCAGCAAAGACUUAGGCAGAUUGAAGCUGGGCACCAGAUCGAAGUGGAGACGCUGAAGAAGCAGGUACAGGAGCUGUGGAAUCGCCUGGAAAAUCAGCAGCACGCCAGCUCCUAUCGGGUCAACGGAAACGGGGGAGAUGAACUGACCUUGAUAACAGACUCGGAAUACAACAUGGACCCCAACUGUCUGUCACGCUGCAGCACAGAGCUGUUCUCCGAAGCCAGCUGGGAGCAGGUGGACAAGCAGGACACUGAGGUUACCCGCUGGUACCCUGAUCAUUUGGCUGCCCAGUGUUACGGCUGUGAGAGCAGGUUCUGGCUCGCCACCAGGAAGCAUCACUGCAGUGGCAGGGAGCCUGUCCAGGAGGUCUGGAACUGCGGUAAUGUGUUCUGCGCCAGCUGCUGCGACCAGAAAAUCCCGGUGCCGAGCCAGCAGUUGUUCGAGCCCAGCCGUGUGUGCAAGAACUGUUAUGGCAGCCUCCGGCUCAGCUCGUCGCCUCUGGACAAACCCAUCGCAGCCAGCUCCAACUGAGCCUCGGGGAGGAGGCGGAUGUUGGCGUAAAGGAGGGCACCACCACCACAACAGAAUGUCCCGUAGACUGUGUGUGUGUAUGUGUGUGUAUGUGCUGCAGAAGUGGACCGGAACGUGUCAUUGCGGUGGCACGAUUGCUCGGCGCGCUUAGCUUUGCAAAGAGGGGGCGUGUUGGAGCAAGUCCCUCGUCGGCCACACGGUGGCGUCGGCGAGCUCAGUGGCCGCGCACCGAGGAGCGAGAAUGGACUUCCUGGUGCCUCGGACCGGGAGGAAACGGGAGUCCUGCCGCAUGUUCUUUAGUCGAGGGGCUUCAAUCCACUUCAAUCAUGACCCCC